GCCAAAGGUCGAGGUCGCGGGUUCGAGUCCCGGUUCCGGCGGCGGCCAUGGCGCGGCGGGCGGUGCUCUUCGACCUCGGUGGGGUUUUGUUCGGGCCGGGUCUGCAGCACUUCCUGGGCUCGUGCGAGCGGGAAUGGGGCUUGCCUAGGAAUUUCCUCUGGGAUGUGCUCCUUUCCGGCGGAUCCCAAAGCUCCUAUUCCAGAGCCUUGAGGGGACAAAUCACCUUGAGCCAGCUGUUUUCCGAGGUGGACGAAGGCUGCCGGCGCCGCGCCUCUUCCUUGGGAAUCGCCAUUCCCGGCGCCUUUUCCGCCGCUCGGCCCUUCCAGGACCUGCAGGCUCAGGGCAGCGUCGACGUCCGCGUGCUGAGGGUGGCCGGGAUCCUGCGCUGGAAUGGAUUCAAGACCUGCGUCCUGACCAACAACUGGGUGGACGACAGCGACGGCCGAUCGGCCGCGGCCGCGCUCCUGGAGCGGCUCCGGCGCCACUUCGACCUGGUCCUGGAAUCCUGCCGGAUCGGGAUGUGCCAACCGGAUCCCGGGAUCUACUCCUACGCCCUGGAGGCGCUGCAGGCGCAGCCGCAGGAGGCGAUCCUCCUGGAUGACCAGGCGGAGAACCUGGCGGCGGCGCGGGAUUUGGGAAUGGCCACGAUCCUGGUCCGGGACCCCGACUCCGCCCUCAGGGAGCUGCAGGAACUCUCCGGGGUCCAGCUCCUGGGCCAGGAGGAGCCGCUGCCGAUUCCGUGCGAUCCGGCCGGGGUCACGCACGGAUACGUCUCCAUCCGGCCGGGAGUGCGGCUGCACUUCGUGGAACUGGGCCAGGGCCCCGUGCUCUGCCUGUGCCACGGAUUCCCGGAAUCCUGGCUCUCCUGGCGCUUCCAGAUCCCGGCGCUGGCCGAUGCCGGAUUCCGGGUGAUCGCCCUGGAAAUGAAGGGAUACGGGGAAUCCACGGCUCCGGCGGAUAUCCCGGAAUAUUCCCAGGAGCGGAUCUGCGAGGAUUUCGUGACUUUCUUGGAUAAACUGGUGAGGAGCCGCCCUGGCCGGGUCCGGUUUUCCGGGAAAAUUUGGGAUUUCUCCCUCUGGAUUUUUUUUUUUUUUUUCCUCCUCCUUCCCGUCCUUGGGAUGCGGCAGCUCCCGGCCGGGGAUGCUCAGCCCGUCCCGGGGGCGGGGACAGCGGAACGCGCGGGGGGCCGGGAGGGGAGGCGGGAGCGCAUUGCCGAUCCCGAUGAUCCCAAUGAUCCCGAUGAUCCCGAUGAUCCCGAUGAUCCCGAUGAUCCCAAUGAUCCCAAUGAUCCCGAUCCCGGCGCUGUUCCCGGCACUGACCGUACAUGGCCGCUCCCGCCGCUGCCGCUCCGCUACCGCGGCCCGAGCCGAGCCCGAGCCCGAGCCGAGCCCCGAGCCGAGACCCGAGCCGAGCCCGAGCCGAGCCCGAGCCGAGCCCGAGCCGAGCCCGAGCCCGAGCCCCGAGCCGAGCCCCGAGCCGAGCCCGAGCCGAGCCCGAGCCCGAGCCCGAGCCGAGCCCGAGCCGAGCCCCGAGCCCGAGCCCGAGCCCCGAGCCCGAGCCGAGCCCCGAGCCCGAGCCCGAGCCGAGCCCCGAGCCCGAGCCCCGAGCCCGAGCCGAGCCCGAGCCGAGCCCGAGCCGAGGCCGAGCCCGAGCCCCGAGCCGAGCCCGAGCCCGAGCCGAGCCGACCGGACAUUCCCGGCUCUCCCAGCUCCGGGGUCCCCUCUGGAUGA